AUUCGACAACCACGAUAUCGACGUGACUCGCAUCCAUCCAUCAUCCAUCCUAGGUCAUGGCCACAUGACCACCCUACGAAAAGGUUCCUCAAUCCUACCUAUCAAAGCCUCCAACAAACCGGUCGCUUCCGUAGUUCGCAAUCAUCUCCGAUAGAAGUCAGUCAGUUCCCCCCCAUGGGAGACUGGUUUCUUCUCUUCCCCUCUCUCCCCCUCCUUCAGGACGGUAGUAUGUACCUAUCUGUUGGUGCUUGGGCUCUCUUAAUUUACCCUCCGAUCGACGGCAGUCUGGUUGGUUGGCUCCCAAGCCAUUUACUACUACUAGAGGAACGGUACCUUCUCGGGACCAUGAACCUACCUAUCAAUGGCUGGCUGACAACUGGCCCAACAGCCAGGCCCAAUGAUCAUGCUGCGCUGCCCUCCACGGCCCUGCAAGGAUCAUCCGCCAGAUUGCCGGUGCAGUGGCCACCGUUACUUCCUCCCUGACUCGAAGCCAGACACUAUCUAUUUACUGUAUCUAUUUACUCCCCCGAGGGGUCCCCCUUCUGCAGCGCAUACGUGGUCGCGAGUCCCGCCGGGCGAAUCCCCGGCCAGCACGGGCUGCACGUGAUACUUCUGAAACUCGGGACCGGCCCAGCGCACGGCCAUCGGUCCGUCAGGCAGAAAGAAAAUAGAACUAAGUAAUCAAGAAGCAGUACUGUGUAAAAGCAAUGCACACACAUUGUUUAGUUUGUCAUGUGAGAGGAGAUCUCUUCAAAUUCAUUAUGGUCUCAAGCAACC